AUGGAUAUGUAUCCGCCCGAGACGAGCUCCCUUUACAGCGACACGUCUUCUGACUCUUCAGAUUUCGACCCCGUCAUCAUGUUACCGCCUCAAAACACCAAAUUCGUCGGUCGUGAACGCAUAUUGCAAAAGAUUGAAAGGUGGUUUCGAAAAAGACGAGAGCCCGAUGAGACUAAUAUACUGGCUCUCUAUGGCAUGGGUGGGAAUGGAAAAUCCCAAAUUGCCCUCGAGUACGCACACCGAUACCGAAAGCAAUAUGGAAUCAUACUCUGGAUCUCGUCCGAAACAGAACGUUCUGCCAACCAAAGUAUUCGUGAAGCAGCAGCAAGGUUGAAACUAUGCGACGUGUUGCAAACGGAUAGCUUCCAAAAUAAAACAGCUGUGCGAAAAAAAUUAGGGCAGUCCGAUACACCAUGGCUCCUUAUAUUUGAUAACGUAUAUGAUGUAUUACUUCCCCACGAUUUCUUGCCUUAUGAAGGAUCUGGGUCUAUCAUUUACACAUCUGUUUUUCGACAUCACGGCUUCAACUAUGUGCCUUAUGCAAUAAGGGUGCCAGUAUUUCCCGAAACAGAGGCAAUAGGUUGUUUGCUUGAUCAUAUCUCUCUUGACAAGACGGUCGAAUUGAAUAAUAUCUCCGCCGCAAAGCUCAACCAGUUCCUUGGAGGCCAUCCACUUGCCAUUGUACGCGUGGCUACCUUUAUUCGCUCAUGCAAACUUCCCAUUGAACAAUGUGCUAGACUGGUUGAACUUACUUGGGAGAAAUCAAGAGAUACGUUACUUAUUGGAGAAUGUGGGGGUUAUCUCAAAGACAUGCAAAAAGUAUGGGGCAUUCCGUUUGAGAAGCUCUCUGAGACACCCAGAGCAAUAGCUUUACUUGGAAUGCUAUCCUAUCUGACUGCGGAGGAAGUUCCUGAGGCACUACUUGCACCAGAAAUCGCAAAAUCCGAACGCCUAUCUGAUACGUUGUUUUGGCCAUACGAUAUUGAGUUGCGGUUAGCGGAAGCUCCCCUGCUGGAGUGGGCCUUGAUAGAAAGGGAUCCUGAAAGACAAAGUCUCUCGCUUCACAGACUCGUUCAAAAAGAGUUUCAACACUUUCUAAGUAACAGCCAACGACAGCUUGCUUUUGAUCAAGUAACAUUUUGUUUGCAUCAGGCAUUUCCUAAACAGGACAAAGGCCAGUACAUGCACGAAAAUUGGGAGCAAGCGGAGCCCUUAGUUGAUCACAUCGUCACGCUAAACAGACAUUAUGUUGAUACCUCCACGUUUUGCCGGCUCAAGCCAUCUUUAAACUAUAUCAGGCUUCUUAGCAACUGUGCAUGGUUUCUAUUCGAGAAAGGGCUCUAUUCAAAGGCACAAGAAAUAUUAGUCGGUGGCAUUGACGCGUGUGAGAGAUCAAGAAUUCUUAAAUUAGUUGAAGUCGAAGUCAUAUAUGCCCAUAUGUUAAACACCAGUGCUAUUCUAGAUGGAAUCCGGUGUUCCUUUGACUCACAGAUUGAAAAACUCCACAAGGUCAGGGAAAUACGGAUGUCGAAACUUCCCGAAGAUGACGAAGAAAUUUCAGGCGUUCUUAAUAACUUGAGUUUGGCAUACGAAAGCAACAUGCAAUUCGAUAAGGCGCUUGAAUACAGAGAACAAUCCCUAGAAGUCUGCUUGAAGCACGCAGAAUCGAAGUCUCGGGAGACAAAAAUUAAAAAGAGACUUUUGACAUUAGCGAGGAUUCUGGUAGCGACGAAUAAACUCGAGGAAGCACAAAUAUUAUUUCCUGGACUACUGGAAUACUUCAAAAAUAUUGAGAGCUGGUUACUUAUCGGACAUCUAUCGAUUGUUUGGGGGAAUUACUACUUUGCCAAGGAAGACUUUCAAUCUGGCCAUGAGAAGUUUUCGCAUGCUCUCAAGCAGUACGAAGAAAUUGGUAAAGUCAAAUAUCACCCAGAAGCUGUAGCUUGUCUCUACAAGCUGGGACGCGUUGCGUUUGCGGAAAAAAAUAUGAAGGAUGCGAUGUGA